GAAGUUACAGAGGUCUAACGGACCCCACCCCGAUGCGCGUGGGAGGGGGGAGUCCCUGCUCUGUCCCGGUCCCUGACUUCCUGGCCCUGCGUCCCCAGCGCCAUGGGGGAGUGGGCGUUCCUGGGCUCGCUGUUGGACGCCGUGCAGCUGCAGUCGCCGCUCGUGGGCCGCCUAUGGCUGGUGGUCAUGCUGAUCUUCCGCAUCCUGGUGCUGGCCACGGUGGGCGGCGCGGUGUUCGAGGACGAGCAGGAGGAGUUCGUGUGCAACACGUUACAACCAGGCUGUCGCCAGACCUGCUACGACCGCGCCUUCCCAGUCUCCCACUACCGCUUCUGGCUCUUCCACAUCCUGCUGCUCUCAGCGCCCGCCGUGCUGUUCGUCAUCUACUCCAUGCACCAGGCCAGCAAGGAGCCGGGCCGGGCGGACGGGGGCGGCUGGGCCGCCGAGGCCAGGCAGCCGUGCGCCCGCGGCGGCUCUGAGGACCCAUGCGCGCCCUGCGCCCUACGCGCCCGCCGCGCACGCCAAUGCUACCUGCUCAGCGUGGCGCUGCGCUUGCUGGCCGAGUUGGGCUUCCUGGCCGGCCAGACGCUGCUCUACGGCUUCCGCGUGGCCCCGCACUUUGCGUGCGCCGGCCCGCCGUGCCCGCACACCGUGGACUGCUUUGUGAGUCGGCCCACCGAGAAGACUGUUUUCGUGGUCUUCUACUUCGCCGUGGGGCUGCUCUCGGCGCUGCUCAGCGUGGCCGAGCUGGGACACCUACUCUGGAAGGGCCGCCCAAGCCGCCGUGACCACGGGCGCGCGCGCCAAGCGGCCGAGCGCGACAACCGCUGCAACCGCGCGCACGAGGAGGCACAGAAGCUGCUCCCGCCGCCGCCGCCUUCAGCCCUGCCCUCCCGGCGGCCUGGCCCAGACCCCUACGCCCCGCCCGCCUACGCGCACCGGGCGCCGACAGGCGACAGCGAGGGUGCCAGCGGCCGCAGCAAGGCGUCUUUGGCUACUGUCCGCCAGGACCUGGCCAUCUAG